GCCUCCUGGGCAUGGUGGCCCACAUGAUGUACAUGACCGUCUUCCAGGUGGCUGUCAACCUGGGGCCCAAGGACUGGAGACCCCAGACCUGGUUCUACGGCUGGUCCUUCGGCAUGGCCUGGCUCUCGUUCACGCUCUGCAUGUCGGCCUCGGUGCUGACCCUCAACACCUACACCAAGACCCUGCUGGAGUUCCAGCACCGCCGGCAGAUCUGCGAGCAGCAGAGCCAGCGCGGGCCGCGCUCCCCCGGCCUGGCGCCUGACCUCCAGCGCUUCCUGUGGGACAAGUACGUCUUCAGCGUCAGCGACUCGCUGGACUUCUCCCCCGGCCGCUCCCGCCCCACCGCCGGGGGGCGCAAGGGCCGCGGGGGGGGCUACGCCGGCCUGGCCGGGGGGCGCUGCGGGGAUGCCGGCGACCCAGACGAUGGCGAGCCCUGCUAGGGGG